CCCUGACAGAGGAAGGCACGAGACCAAGGACCAUGAAACAGAGAGGAAGUUCAGAUGCCGGAUGGCUGUUUGAUCACUGAAUGGUCAUAUGGGCUGACUAAGGAUUCCUCAUUCUUCUCUUUUAAAUGGGAUUCCCAUGGUAUUUCUAGAAGCUAGGUGAGCUGUUUGAUUCUUUAUCGCAGGAUAAAAAGUAAUACAAUGCAUGCAAGACGAUAAUAUAGAAGCUUCCUCGACGAUUACUCGGGUUCUGAGAGACAACUAUUUAGCUGAAAACAGAAUACAUCACGAGAACAGUGAACAUAGUGCGUCUGUCUCAUCUUCUCAUUCUUACCAUCAUAGUAUUUGUUCAAGUAAAGUUGAGGAAAUAGCAGAAACAGAUGAUCUUACAGAUCUCUCUGCCUUUCUGAGCCAGGAAGAACUUGACCAAAGUGUAAAUUUGGCUAGACAAUCCAUUGACCAAGAUGGGACACCAAAGGAUACACAAACAAAUCUUAAAUGCCCACCAAGAGAUCUAAAAAGACAGUCAAAAUCCAUUGUGAAGCCACCAGUAAGCAAACAAAGCAACCCUUCAUCUCUUGAGAAAGAACCACAGUCAAACUUUCAUCAGGAACAAGUGAUAAAAGAAACAAAUAACUCAACAGAAGGAACUAAAGAUUCAAAAAAACAACAGAGGAUCAAUCCAUAUGGAACUGAGUCUGAGUCCAAAAAAGAAUUUCUAAAUAAAGCUGCGGAUUUUAUUGAAGAGCUUUCUUCUCUAUUUAAAGCCAACAGUUCCAAAAGAAUUAGGCCUAAGACUUUAAAAAAUCGGAGGAAACGAGAAUUGAAAAGCGGAACACUUGAAGAAGACAUCUCUAAUUACACUAAUAAGUCAGAAAGUCGAGAUAGGCCCCAGAGUACUCCAGGAGAAACAGAAAUAAAUACUACUACCCCAGAGGAAACUGAUAGUUUGGAAGCUGUAGAACCAGAAACCAAUAAAGAGGCUUUGCAAGUCGAAAUAGAUACUCCAUCUUCCUCUUUUUAUUUAGAGGAGGCUGUUGGCCAGCCGCCAAAUUUUAUUCAGAAAUUGAAAAGUAGGGAGGUUACAGAAGGAAGCAGAGUGCAGUUGGAUUGUAUUGUGGUUGGAAUUCCAGCACCUGAAGUAAGGUGGUACUGUGAAGGAAAGGAACUAGAAAACUCUCCAUACAUUCAAAUCCUGAAAACUGGGGAUUUGAACUCUUUAAUUAUCACAGAAGCAUUUGAAGAAGACACAGGGCGAUAUUCCUGCUUUGCAUCCAAUAUUUAUGGAACUGAUUCAACGUCUGCAGAGAUUUAUGUAGAAGGAGCAUCUUCUUCUGAGUCUGAAAGUGACACAAGCAAAACCGACAUGGAUCAGCCCCCCAGAGAAAGCUUUGCAUCUGCUACAAAAGAAACAUCUAAUUCAACUAUCCAUCAAGAACUGUAUACCCCUCCCAGCAGUGCACAUCCUAUAAGUAUACAACCGACAACUAUACAGCAGAUUCAAAGUCCACCCACCUAUCUGCAAGGACUGGAUGGGAUGCCAAUAAUGGCAGCUCCUGUUUUCACAAAGACCCUACAGGAUUUGACAACUUCUGAGGGCCAGCUGGUUGUAUUUGAAAGUAGAGUUAAGGGUUCUCCAUCUCCCAAAGUUGAAUGGUACAGAGAGGGAACGCUGAUUGAAGAUUCUCCAGAUUUUCGGAUUUUACAAAAAAAACCACGGUCUAUGUCUGAACAAGAGGAGAUAUGUACUUUAGUAAUCGCAGAGGUAUUCUCCGAAGAUGCCGGUAUGUUUACAUGCACUGCAAGCAACAAAUAUGGCACCACCUCAAGCACAGCGUAUUUAAAUGUGAGAGGUGCAAAAGAAAAUAAUAGCCAAACGCCUAUAACUAUAAGCACAAUGAAUAUUGAUACCUUCAAACGGGAACCCUUAUCCGCUGCUCCAACAACUGUGCCUGAACCUCCCCCAAAGCCCAAAUUAGAAGGCGUCCUUGUGAAUCACAAUGAACCAAGACCAAGUUCUAAAAUUGGCCUUAGAGUGCAUUUCAAUCUGCCAGAGGAUGAUAAAGAAAGUGAAACUUCAUCAGAAGAUAACGUCACAGUGAAAAAACAGUUUAGGUCAGAUGUGCCAGAUAUGCUCAAUGGCCAAUCAUACGGGCCAUUGUCUGCAUCUUUAAAGGAGCCUCCACCAGUGUUUGCCAAGCCAAAAUUAGACCCUGUUAAGCUUCAGCAACUCCAUAACCAGGUUAUGUUUGAACAGCAAAUUCUGACUCCCUCAACAAACCCUUUAUCCAGAGAUGCGCCACAAACCUCAGCAGUCCAAAAUUCAUCUACUGGUGGACAAACGUAUAUAUUUACACGGCCUCUGCAGUACCAACAACCAAGCAAUCCACAAGUGCCUAAAUACCCAGCAUCUACACCCAACACUUUGUCUCAGCUGAAAACAUGGACACCUAGCACAGAAAGUGCUCCUGAAACAUAUCACGACACUAGGCCAUCUGCUGCCAUAAAUGAACCGGCAUCUUACAAUUUCUUGACUUCACCACCACCUUCUACACCAUCUGCUAAGAACCAUUUCCAAGCACAAACUAUCUCCCCCACUCCGGUCUCCCCUCCUCGGAUUCAGAAUCCUGUUGCAUUUCUUAGUUCUGUGCUUCCUUCACUGCCUCCUACUCCUACAUCAACAAACGAAAUGGGUCUUCCUAAAAGUGCAACAUCGUCUGUUCCUGCACCUGUGAAAAAAAAUUCUGUGCGAUUUACUUCACAAGAUCCAAUCCGUGAGAAAAAGGAUAGUGUUGUACAAGAGUUAGAAAGAAAGCUUUCGUUUAGAGAUGAUGUCACACAAUAUCGACAUGUACAACAGCUGCAGGAAUAUAAAAUCUCCAGUUUUGAGCAGAGGCUAAUGAAUGAAAUUGAGUUCCGCCUGGAGCGUACACCAGUGGAUGAAUCAGAUGAUGAAGUGCAACACGAUGAGAUACCUACAGGAAAGUGCAUUGCACCAAUAUUUGACAGGAGACUCAAGCAUUUUCGUGUUGUAGAAGGCGCAUCAGUCACAUUUACAUGCAAAGUGGUUGGAAUACCGAUACCAAAAGUUUACUGGUUUAAAGAUGGCAAACAGAUUUCAAAGAAAAAUGAACACUGCAAGAUGAAAAGGGAAGGAGAUGGAACAUGCUCUUUACAUAUUGAAUCAGCCACUAAUGAUGACGAUGGGAACUAUACAAUCAUGGCGGCCAAUCCACAGGGAAGGAUCAGCUGCUCAGGUCAUUUGCUUGUGCAAACUGCUCCACUGCGUCCACGAUCGGUUUCUUCCGUGCUCGCCCAUAGAGUCCGGCCGCAUCUUCCUGAAGUAGAGAGUGAUUCGGUGCAGGAACGAUUCUUUCGUCCAUACUUUCUCCAAGCACCAGGAGACAUGGUGGCGCAUGAAGGACGUCUUUGUAGACUGGACUGUAAGGUCAGUGGGCUACCAACUCCUGAUAUCAUGUGGCUUCUCAAUGGAAUACCGGUAACGCCCAAUGCCACCCACAAGAUGCUGGUUAGGGAGAACGGAAUUCAUUCUCUGCUGAUUGAUCCUCUUUCUCAAGCUGAUGCUGGGACAUAUACUUGCAUAGCCACAAAUAAGACUGGACAAAAUGCAUUCAGUUUGGAGCUCAGUGUAAUGGCAAAGGAAGUAAAGAAACCACCCAUAUUUUUGGAGAAGCUGCAGAAUUGUGGCGUCCCUGAGGGUCAUCCAGUUAGAUUAGAGAGCCGGGUUGUUGGAAUGCCUCCCCCAGUGUUCUACUGGAAGAAAGACAAUGAAACCAUUCCUGCCUACAAGGAACGCAUGAGUAUGCAUCAAGACACCACAGGAUACGUGUGUCUCCUUAUCCAGCCAGCAAGAAAAGAAGAUGCGGGUUGGUACACUUUGUCGGCAAAGAAUGAAGCAGGGAUUGUAUCCUGUACGGCAAGACUUGAUAUAUAUGCUCAAUGGCACCAUCAGAUUCCGCAAGCCAUUAAAAAAAUUCGAUCUUCUAGUUCCCGUUAUUCCACAUUCUCUUCCCUGUCCAUGGAUGUUCUCAACACAUUGUCUUCGAUGGAAGCAUCUGUGAGCUUCCCCACAUCAACCCGGGAUGUUGUAGAGAGUGAAGAGCUGUGAAUUCAGCUGGCUAGUGUAACACUAAAACUGUGAAGAAAAUACAGCCUGAAAGUUUACAAAUUGCCCUUUUUUGGAUGAAAAAAAGAACAAAAGAGAACUUUUAUGUUUAUUAAAAAUAAUCCUAACCCUUGUUGUGCAGAAUAUUUAUCUAUUUUGCAGUCCCAGUGGCCUUACAAUUUAUUGCUUCCUACCCAAUCAAAGAAAGGGUUAAAGUAAGUUUGCCAAUUAAUUAACCGGGACCUGCCAGUUAUACACACAGAUUCAUGUAGCUGUGUCAAUGACAAUGAUGGCAGUGUGAUCUGUUUGAUGAUGUGUACUUACCCUAUUUAAAUAUUUAUGUUCACGAGCAGAAUUCUACAGAUAUUAUAUUAAUAUUAAAAUAUGUAUUAUUUGUAUUUACCAGAUUAAUUAUGUAGUGAUGCGUAAAAUAUAGACGGCACAAGAGGAACAGAUACAUAUCCUAAUAUAUAAAAAAUUUAGCAUGUCUACAUGAAGUGAUAAAGAAAUUGCUUUAUCAAAUAAAGUGACAUCAUAGUGCA